AUAGUUUCUCACCAGAUUCGCCAUCGAGUUUUUAUUUAAGUAUCCAGACCUUCAGCUUACCUGUCACUUGACGAUGGCGAAACUCAACUCCCUGAGUGUCACACUGGUCUCAGUCCUGCUGUUGGGGCUCUGCGUACAGUUCAGGGCCGUCCAUGCUCAAUGCACUCGUGAAUGCAAUCGCGAUUUUAUCAAGCAGGGACUGGUGGGAGGAAAGUCACCAUGUCUGGCUAAGCAGGACAUUAAGGAACCAUGCCCUCUAGAUGGGUGCUGCUACUCACUGGGCACUCUGUACACCGUUGCUGACUCCUGCAUUUGCCAAUUCAUUAAGGAGAAUGGAUUGAAUUUGUCACAGUUCAUGCAGCUCUUUCGUAAAUGUGGUGGCCGCCUGCUCAAAUGCUGAGAACUCAGCAGAACAGGCGUUGAUUUAGUCGAGUUUUUCGCUGCUUCUAGAGGCAGUGAAAAAGGAGCUGAAGCUGAACAGAGCUGAACAUAGAACUCGAGACUUGUGAAGAGCAUUUGUAAAUCCUGGUCUCACAAUACCACAUGUCAGUUUUGUAAAGCUUAUGGGAGCUGCUGAAACCCUCAGUUUACAAUAAAUUCGACUCUUAUGUAAAAGUGG